AUGGCUCAAAUUUUGCAAGCAAAAUCUCUUUCUAUCGAAGCUCACCUUAGACAGGGCAUGUCUGCAGCCAAAGUGGCAGCAAUUGUUGGGGUAUCUGAUACCAUGGUCAAAAGACAUAGACGAAAAUUGGAGAUUCCUGCCUUUGAGGGCAAGGGUAGACCUGCCCAAAUUAAUGCAACACUUGCCCGCCGUAUUGUUUGUGCCUUUAAGAAUGAGGAAUUCUUGACAACAAUGGAGGCAGCAGGACAACUGUGCAGUAAGGGAUUCACUGUACAGCCUCCAGCAAUAAGAACAUUGUUGAAGACAUCCAGCUUCACCUGUGAACAGGAGCAACCUCUGAAGGUGAAAUCAAACCCGCCAUUUUGGAGACUUAAGAAGGCAGUCACCAAAAAAACCAAGAAUGCUUCUCCACCUGUCUGUACUGGAGUACACAUCAUGGUAUGGAAAUGUUUUUCAUCCAAAGGACACGGAAAGAUAGUGAAGAUCGUGCAGAACAUGGACAGCCCAAAAUACGUGGCUGUUCUUCAGCAAGACCUUCUGAAAACAUUGGAGGAGCAAAAUCUGAGCAAGUCAGAAAUCGAGUUUUUGCACAAUAAUGCAAAAUCCCACACAGCAGCCAAUACAAAGAAGUGGUUGAAGAAAGAGGGGAUUGAGGUCAUUAACUUUCUACCAUAUUUGUCUUAUCUCGAUCUCAUUGAAAACCUUUGGGCAUACAGUAAGAACAAGCUGUACAAGUAUAAGAAGGCUGUCAAGUCUAUGAGAGAGCUGCGGGCCCUGUGA